AUGAAGCUGUGGUUUAGUAAUGGCCACCCAGAGAAGAGACAGGAGGGCCUGCCUGGAUACAUUCAGUGUUCCCUUUAUUUGUUUGAGCAGUGUAUAUAUAUCUGCCCUCUGUCUCCUAUAGGUAUCCUGGAGGUCCGUACGGUGUCCGAGGGAGGAGUGUUAGCUAUCAAAGGAGUGAAGAGUCAGUACUAUAUCUCCAUGAACAGGACUGGCCUGCUGCAAGGCAAGAAAAUCUACAAUGAGAACUGCAACUUCAAGGAGAUUUUCCUAGAAAACUACUUCAACGCUUACUCGUCUGUUAAGUCGAGUAGAGACGGCAAGGAGAUGUUCAUUGCUCUGUCUCAAAAGGGCAGACCGCUGAGAGGGAAGAAGACCAGGAGGGAACACAUCGCCUCCCACUUCAUUCCCAUGAAAUGCAGAGAGGAGGAGAGGACUGGCGUCUGAGAGAAGGAGACUGAAAAAGGAAGUGGUGACUGGAGCCUGAGAGGAAGAGGAGAGGACUGAAAGAGGAGAGGACUGAAAGAGGAGAGGA